UAUAAGGCUAGAAGCACACCGCCUUCUUCGUCAGUCCACUACAUUCGAAGCCCUACGAGGGAUCAGAAUAGGAUUUCUGGAACCGCUUCUUCUUGUUAGUUGCCACUCCGCUUUCAUUAGUUGAAGAUCAAAAACUUUUUGGUUGAUCUACUUUCAUUGUUGGCCAUGGCGGAGGAGUUCAAAGAGCAGACUAAUUUGAACGCGGAGGAAGGGGAAGGGCAGGUUAAGGAUCGGGGGUUGUUCGACUUCGUCCACAAGAAGAAAGAGGAAGAUGAGAAUAAGCCUCAGGAGGAAGUUUUGGUGACCGGCGUCGAGAAGAUUCACAUAGAGGACAGCCACAAGGCAGAGGAGAAGAAACACGGGCUUCUUGAAAAGCUCCACCGAUCUCACAGUUCCAGCUCUUCUAGCUCCUCGGAUGAAGGGGAAGUUGAAGGGGAGGGAGGAGUUAAAGAGAAGAUCAAGAAGAAGAAGAAGAAGGGUCUGAAAGAAAAGCUGCACGGAGGGGAGAAAAAGGAGGAAGAAGAGAAGAAAGAGCCGGCGGUAGUGGUUGAAAAGGUAGAUGUGUUCGAGGAAGCUGUGCUGGCUCCUGGAGAGGAGAAGAAGGGGUUCCUCGAAAAGAUAAAGGAAAAGCUUCCCGGACACGGCAAGAAAGCGGCGGAGGAGGGCGGAGCUGUGCCGCCACCGCCGCCUCCCCCGCCGGCUGUUGAACAUGAGGCCUUGGAGGGGACGGAAGGAAAGGAGAAGAAGGGGUUUUUGGGGAAGAUAAUUGAGAAGCUUCCAGGGUAUCAUAAGAACGCAGGAGAGGAGGCUGAGAAGAGUCCUGGCAGCCAUUAAUCUGAUUGAAGGGGAAAUGGAAUGAUUUUACUGCUUUUGUGUUUAAGAGUAAUGUUUGCUGUGUUAGUGGUGAUUGUUUUGUGUAUUUUGGUUGCUGUGGUUUGAGUGUUGUUUUUGAUGAUGUUGAAGGAUGAUGAUCAUAUGUUCUGAUUUCUGUAUGAAUUCUAUGUUUUGUUAA